UUCUUUCGGCCACGUCUACCUCUUACAUUCAUCUAAAAGUUACAAUGUUCGGUCGUGUCUCGCUCGCGUUCGUUUUAAUCUCCAUCGCCGCAUUUUUCUGCGCACAGUCUGCUGAGGCUGCCAAAGGUCCCAAAAUCACCAACAAGGUUUACUUUGAUAUCAAACAUGGUGACCAGGACAUGGGAAGAGUUGUGAUCGGCCUCUACGGAGGAACCGUUCCCAAGACUGUGGAGAACUUCCGCGCACUUGCAACUGGUAAAGACAAGGAAGGUAACGAUCUUGGAUACGGCUACCAGGGCUCCAAGUUCCACCGUGUGAUUAAGAACUUCAUGAUUCAGGGUGGUGACUUCACCAAGGGAGAUGGUACUGGUGGAAAGUCGAUUUACGGUGACAGAUUCAAGGACGAGAACUUCAAACUUCACCACACUGGACCAGGUACUUUGUCAAUGGCAAACGCAGGCAAGGAUACCAAUGGUUCUCAAUUCUUCAUUUGCACGGUCGUUACUAGCUGGUUAGACGGUAAACACGUCGUGUUCGGUAAAGUCCUUGAGGGUAUGGAUAUCGUCUACGCUAUCGAGGAUGUUCCUAAAGGCCGUGGUGACAAACCUGUGGAGGAUGUUGUCAUUGCUGCAUCUGGAGAGCUACCUCUGGAUGUCGUCGUUGAUGGUGAAGGAAAAGAGGUACCUCUUCAUGCUGAGCUAUAAUCAGCGCCUUGUGUUAUCUCCAAAAUUUGGUACAAAUAAAAAAUUGUUGCUUGUCAACAGGA